AUGUCGACCAAACAAUAUAACAACAUCCUGACGUCCAAGCCUGAGACCGGCGUUGGUCUCAUCACUUUGAAUAGGCCCAAAGCGCUCAAUGCCUUGAGUUCGCCCUUGAUGUUGGAGUUGAACGAAGCUUUAGCGGAAUUCGACGCCGAUGAUUCGGUUGGAGCUAUUGUCCUGACUGGAUCCGAGAGGGCGUUCGCAGCCGGUGCGGAUAUCAAAGAAAUGAAGGACAAGGAAUUUUCGGAUGUGUACAAGAACAGAUUCCUUGAGAACUGGACAGCUAUGACCAAAAUACGCAAGCCGGUCAUCGCUGCUGUAAGCGGUUAUGCUUUGGGAGGGGGUUGUGAACUUGCCUUGAUGUGCGACAUCAUCCUCGCCUCACCUACCGCGGUGUUUGGUCAGCCUGAAAUCAACCUCGGUGUCAUACCAGGAGGGGGAGGGACACAGCGCCUGGCGCUGGCGAUAGGCAAAUCACGCACAAUGGAGCUUGUUCUUACCGGGCGUAAUUUCACGGCACAAGAGGCAGAGAAGUGGGGCGUAGUGAGUAAGGUGGUCGGAGAGGGGGAGGGACAAGUGGUUAAGGAGGCCGUAGAGAUGGGUAAACUGAUAGCGAGCAAAGGCCAGAUCGCUGUGCAAGCAGGAAAGGAAGCCGUCAAUGCCGCUUAUGAACUAACUCUGGCUGAGGGCCUCCGUUUCGAGAGGAGACUGUUCCAUGGCCUGUUCGCAACGAAGGAUCAGAAAGAGGGCAUGGCAGCGUUUGCGGAGAAAAGAAAGGCGAACUUCACUCACUCAUGA